AAAGGUCAAUACGCAUGCUACGUAUGGCGCCAAUAGCGCAUCAAUGUAAUCUAUUACGAACAGUAUGGCUUGAAGUUGGUCUGCCUAAUCGUUGCUUGGUGAGAAGAAAACAGAAAAUAUAAGAACUGCUUGCUGAGGAGGAAGACGACAGGCUUUCACCAUGUUUGGCUCCAGCAGCCAUGGUAGCUCCAAUCAGCCUGCGGAGGUAUUCCGUAAGGAUCUGAUUAGCGCCAUGAAGCUGCCCGACUCUUAUCAGCUUCAGCCUGAUGAAUACAUGAUUAUGACGGAUAAUUGGAAACCAGAAUGGGAGAAAGGAGUCCAGGUUCCAGUCAAUCCUCAAUCUAUUCCCAUGGCUGAUAUCAAAGAGAUCAGAAAACCAGACGAUAUCGACUUUAAAUUGACUAAGAAGUAUAUUAAAGGAUACGAUACAGAGGAUGAGAAGGAAGAUGAUGCUGAUGGUCCUGAGAAGAAAGAUGCUAUGUGCCAGUAUGAUUUAGAUGAAGCGGAUGUCCAUUGGCUCGGUCAAAUCAACCAGACCAGAGAAGAAAUGGGUGAUGAAGCUGUUGAUGAAUUGACAAUGGAGAGAAUAAUAGAAGAAUGUGACAUACAGUGCAACAAUAACAUGGAACAUGCCAUGCAGACAGAGGAAGGUCUUGGUAUUGAAUACGAUGAAGACGUCAUAUGUGAUGUUUGUAGAGCUCCUGAUAGUGAAGAAGGCAAUGAAAUGGUUUUCUGUGACAAGUGUGACAUUUGUGUACAUCAGGCAUGUUAUGGCAUAGUGAAUGUACCUGAAGGAAGCUGGAUGUGUAGAACAUGUGCUCUAGGGAUACAGCCUCUAUGUAUACUGUGUGGGAUCAAGGGAGGUGCUAUGAAAAGUACAAGGAGCGGUACCAAGUGGUCUCAUGUAAGCUGUGCUUUAUGGGUUCCAGAGGUCAGCAUCGGAUGCGUAGAGAGGAUGGAACCUAUCACGAAAAUAUCUCAAAUUCCUGCAAGUCGAUGGGCCCUUAUAUGUGUCCAAUGCAGAGAGAGGACGGGUGCUUGUAUACAAUGUUCGGUGAAGACGUGUAAGAUAGCGUAUCAUGUGACCUGUGGCUUUGAGAAUGGUCUAGAGAUGAAGACAUACUUAGACGAGGAGGCAGAUGUCAGGUUUAGGUCCUACUGCUCGAAGCACACCAAGAUUAGAAGGGAGGAGGGUAUACUAGAGAGUAAGCUGGGUACACCUGAUAAGACCCAUGGAACACCCAAGAAAGAUAUCAAGGAGAUGACUCAGGAGGAGAGGGCCAAUGAAAGAGCAAUAAGAAUUCAGCUAGUGACUGAAGAGUUCUACCGCUACACCAAGUUAAAGGACAUCGUGUCUUCUCUUGAUAUGAAGAAUGAUGUCGAGACGGUUGACGUGGUCUAUGAAUACUGGAAACUCAAAAGAAAGUCUGGUCACAACAGACCUCUGGUAGCACCUACCAAAGAGGUUGGGAGCUUGGGAUCCAAUGAAGAGUACAACCUCACUGCCAGAAUGAAGAUGUUUGUACAUCUUAGACAAGAUCUAGAAAGGGUGCGUAACCUUUGUUACAUGGUGCAACGACGUGAGAAGUUAAGUCGUCAGCUGAGUGUGCUGAGUCAAAGCGUAUUCCGCAAGCAAUGUGACAUGCAUGCAGCUGGUCUGGAGAGCUUCUCGGAAGAGGAUCUUGAAUGGGCCAUCAAGGUGGGAAAGUUUGCCAUUCACUUGCCUGUCUCAGACUCAGAGGCUACUCUAACAGACACUGCAACAUCGAAAGACUGUGAUACGGACGAGAGACUGUCCAAAGACUGUGAUACGGACGAUCGAAGCGAGGAGGGGGAGAACGGGGGUGAUGCUUCGGAAAGGACAGCGGAAACACAGAAUGGUGCUGACACAGAUGCAAUAUCAAGUGCUGGGGAGGAUUCAGAAACGAGACAAGAUAGUGACAAAGAAUGCAAUGAUAAGGAAAGCGAGGAUGAGAAAAUGGAAGUAACAGAAGCCAAGGAUGUUGUCAAAGCAGAGGAAGAGGAGGAGGAGGAGGAGGUUGAAGCAAGGGAAGAUGAGGAGGUUGAACGGGAAGUGGAGUUUGCAAAGUUGGAGGAAAAGGUGGAGGAGGAGGAGGAGGAGACGGAAGAAGAGAAGGAAGAGGAGGAGGAGGAGGAAGAAGAAGAAGAAGAGAAGGAGGUAGAGGAGAAGAAAGAGGAAGAGGAGAGUAUCACAGAUGUUGAGGAAGAUCUUGAAGUAUUAAAGGAAUCUUUGAAGAAUGAGGUUGAGGAGGAGAAAGAAGUGAAAAAAGAAAAAGAAGAGGAAGCAGAGGAGGAGGAGGAGGAGAAUUGGAAGAAUAAAAGAAGGUUAAGGACAAGGUCAGGUGACAGAAAAGAGGACAACGUUAAAAAGAAGGAGGAAAGGGAUCUUGUGAAAGAGGUCUCGGUUACAGUAAAGGAAGAAAAGGAGGAUUCUGGAAAAGAAUUAAUAAAUGAAAAGAUAAAGGAAAAGAUUGAUGAAGACGAAGAGAGAGUGGAGGAGGAGGAAGAGGAUGAAACAGAGGAGGAGGAGGAAGAAGCAAAAGAGGAAAUUACGAGUAAUGACACGGAACACAGACACAGUGCAGAGGCUGAGCCUCCCAAUAGACCGUCCCUCAAGCGAAAAAUAUCUUUGAAAGCCAUCCGCGAGGCAGAGAUGCGCAAGAACGGCAUGUCCAAAAAGCGAAAGCGAGACUCGCAUCAUCGGAAGACGAAAAACAGGAAAAGGAGGAGUAGCGAUGAAACCAGUGAUCAACCAGUGUACAGUAUUGUUAGGACUCCCACUCGGGAUUCACCAAGUAAGAUAUCAAUAAAGAUUCACAGUCCACAAAAGGUCUCGCCUAAAAAGUUACAGUUAGAUGAGGAAGCUACCAAACUAAGACAACGUAUCUUAAACAGUGCCUCACCGAGAUCUAGUCUGAAAAGUUACCGUAUCCCUAAGAAGAAGCCGAUCAUAUCACAUACGUUGUCUAAUGGACCGGCUAAGAAAGAGCCCCCAGAGAUCGAUCCAUUUGAGUUUGUUGAUGAACAGGAAGAACCCGUUCAUAAACCAGAGACGAGAAGCAGGAGAAAACUGAUUGAUGAUGAGCUGGACAGUGAGAGCAGCUACAGUGAUAGACAAUUUGAACCGGUGGACCAGGAGGUAAGCAUGUGUCUCCAAGGAAGGGAAUCCCCCUACAAAGGGGGAGAGGAAGAGAAUGCUACUCUUGCCAGAGAAACAGCCAACGCUAACCUUGCGAGGGAGGAGAGGUUGAAGAAGCGAAACCUAAGCUCCCGGAUACGAGAUGCAGCUGUACGUUUCCUGAAUUCAGCAAUCAAUCUCUAG